AUGUCUGGCUCCGACAAUUGGAGAGAGUCCUUCGACUUGCGGAGGUCGGAUUCAGCACCACCAGAGAGCAAGGCAUCCGAGUUCUUGCAGGAUGGCGACCCUGGGGGGCAGCAAGAGCGUUCAGAUUUCGCGUCCACGAGACCGCCCUCCGAUCGCCUGCAGACCCUCGGCCCUGCGCAGGAGGAUGAUGAUGACGCCGCGAAAGCCAUCCCGGAUGGAAAACGUAUCUACGAUCUUGGCCACUAUAAGAAUAUUCACGUCGACAUCGACCCGUUCAUCGUCCAGAACAAGACCUUCUGCUACGUCGAGUUUCCCGACUCUGCGGCGGCCGAUAAGGCAAUGGAAGAGCUGGAUGGCAAGAUGCUACUUGGGCGGGAGGUCAAGUGUGGGCCUUGUCAGUCCGGUGGCCCUUCUGAGGGUAUCAAUCGCUGGGUCCGAUGGUCGGGCGAGAAGGGUGACAGAUACCGAUACGAUCCCAGGGGCAAGCGACUCUUCGUGGUUGGUCUGCCCAGGAUUCACGACCGAUCGACGCACUUUACUGAGAUUAGUGAGCUCUUCAAGGGAUUCGAGGUUGUGGCUAUCAGCAACCGAAAGGGCAGGAGGGGGCGCCAAGGCUUUUGCUUCGUGGAUGUUGCAACUGAAGCGGAGGCUGAGAAGGCCAAGAAUGAAGUCAAUCACAAGGUGUUCGAGGGCAAACGGUUGUAUGUGUCGUACGCAAAAGGGACAGAGCCCAUAGAGGCGAGCGAGGAGUCAAAUUAA